AUGUCCGCUUCCGAGGCGCCGUACCGAGGCAAAUCAGAUGGCCACCUCUUCCUUCUCUCGACGCCUCGCUUCUCUCUCGAAAACGACCACGAUGAUGGUCUGCCACUGCACCAUAUUCCCGGAGAUCCUGCAGAGCAAUCUGCUCGAUUGCUAGAUUUUCCCGGGGACGGAGCGGCAACGAUCACAACGAAGCAACCCAAGCAAGACCAUCGUCAAGCAUAUCUGGAUGGACUGCGUGGCAUCGCUUCAUUACUGGUAUACAUCUACCACCACAUCUCCUGGUUCUACGGACCUGAGGACGACAUUAUCAAUGGCUUCGGGAGCGACCCGGUGAUUCCAAGAGCGCAAGCCGCCCGUGCGACAGCAGAGAUUGCAGCACCGAACUACUUCUUCGCUCAAUUGCCUUUCGUCCGUCUCAUCUGGACCGGCGGAAAUGCAGCUGUUCACACGUUCUUCGUCUUGUCUGGCUACGUCCUUUCGAUAUCCAUGCUUCGAAAGCUGUCCUCCACGGCGUCUCAUAUGGACACGGCAUCACAAUACGGCAGUCUAGUGUCGUCAUUCAUUCGUCGACCGUUCAGACUGUUUGUUCCUGUGUUAGGCGUCAGUCUUAUGACUGCGAUAUGCUGGCAUCUGCCAUUCGGUCUUGCUCCUGUCAUGGCGUGGCCUGCCCCCGAAGACAGCUUCUUCGCCGAGUUGUGGAGAUGGGUGUCGCAGAGUUUGUGGUUAAUGAACCCUUUCCAGCCGCAUGGAGUCCUGACAGCCUGGUACGUGUACAAUCCGCCGGCCUACACGAUGCCUAUCGAAUGGAUUGGCUCCAUGGUCGUUUUCGGAGGACUCGGUCUGGCAGUCACCUUUUCUGCACGCAUGGGACAACGGGCCCUCAUGGCAAGGGCAGUUCUGUUCGUUACUGCUUUCGUCUUCUUCCUUACUACUUAUCAGUGGGCAGCAGCCUGUUUCGUAGGUGGCAUGCUUCUAGCACUCAAUGAAGUGGAGGGCUUCGAUGGACUCUCACAAAUCAAGCAGUAUCCGCCCGGUAUUCAAGCAUUUCACCAUCUCGUAUUGAUCUGGGGUCUUUACGUACUUAGCGAACCUGCUUCAAUGGAAGUCUCAGCCCAGACUCCAGGCUACCGAACUUUGACAUACCUCAUCCCAAAGAAUUACUACGAGCAUGAGUACUGGCGAUGGUGGCACAGUUGGGGCGCGAUAUUCUUGGUUUUCGGAGUCCUCAAGAUCAGAUGGCUGCAGCGCUUCUUAACGACACGACCCAUCCACUACUUAGGAUGGCUGAGCUUUUCGCUAUAUCUCGUUCAUGGACCGCUGCUUUGGACCCUGAGCGACCGCGUUUAUCGCCUAUUUGGAAAUGUGCGAGUUGCAGAGAUCAAUCUUUGGAUUGACCACAAGCUGGAAGUCCCGGAUUUCGGCAUCCAUGGCCUGAGCACGAGAUUUUUGCUCGCGCAGAUUUUUGUUCUGCCAAUGAACUUCGCCUUUGCACACCUCACCACAUGUGCGUCUGGGGAAAUGGAUACUGCCUGGAUUGGAAAUGAUUCAAAUGGGAAAUUCCCUCCCAGUCCUUCUGGCGAAGUCCGGACUCGCCCAAAAGUUUUCUUGAUCCUCAAUGGACUCGGGAAUCAACGUACAUGUAGCCACUCGCCGUCAAGCGAUGUCAAAAAAGAAAAGGUGCUAUCGUCACAUAUGGCGCAGGCGGUAUCAUUAACGAAGAUGGACUUCUCUCCGAGGACCACAGAUGCGAAUAAGAUCGCCAUCAGAGCACUAUGCUUUUGCAAGAGUGUUACAAGCACUCCAAUCAAGAGUAGAGGUACUCCAGGACAACGAAUCCUGAGUUUCGCAGAUAUGAAUCCCAGCUCGAAAAGGAAAAAAAAGGUUAGAGAACGGAGUUCCAUGGCCAAUGGCAAUCCCGUCAGAGAUUCACGAGACGGGUGUACCGGCAAUUCUAGAUUGCAAAGAAAACAGGCGCUGAAGAAAAGGCCGUCGGCUCUCUCAGUAUUCCGGACGGAAUUCCGCGAAGCGAAUGCUGCGCAGGACCACGCUUUUCAGGAUAGAUUUAUGCUGACGAUAAGGCCUUGGGAUCUGAGGAACCUGGACCAGGGUCUGUGUAGCACUGGCAAGGAGCCCUUGCGGAAGAGCUUAUUCCUACUUCAUCUAGCAAGACGAGACGGUACUGUUACAGGUACGGCGGGGUGUAUCAUGGACGUCACGAUGGGAGAAGUGGGACAUGAAUUGAAAAAUAUCCUGGGAUUGAAUUUCAAUUCUCAAUCGCACCUUCCCAAUGCCGCUAAUGCCGUUCAGUCAUACGUUCCUCGCAGCUGGCGAGAAGGAGAGCAUUGAUGCUGUGAAUGUGGGUAUCCUUGUUCUUGUUCUGUGCCCUCAGUCCUUCUCGGCGACGCCAAAACGCAUGUUGCCACCGUCGAAGACGGCGAAGAACUGCUUCAAGAACACAUCGCCUAAGAUGGCUAUGUUGGGAGCUUCACUAGGCUGGAGACCUCCCCAGCACAUGUGUUCGCGACCUGCGUAAGGGGACUGCAUGUAAAACAUGUCGCCGCCCUUGAUCGUCGCGUACCAAUGGUCGCCGAUCUGGAUGCCAAGAUCCGGCAUGGCUGUGUCGCAAGGAGCCGCGAUCAGACCGUCUUCCUGGUCGACGCCUUCGAUCUGGUUGUAGUAGGCCCUCACGAUAGACUCCUCGAGGUAGAGAAGCGAGGUACCGGUGUCGGCGAUGACGGGGUAGCACUCCUGGCACUUGAUGGAUGAUGACGAGUUGUUGCCAAUCUUGUAGCUUGGGAUGGAGAGAGACCAAAAACCAUCGGAGUUGUCAACGGGGGUGUAAUGAAUGUGGCCGCUGUACUUCGAUUGAUCGAUCUUGCCAAACUCAUAUGUACCCCUGCCGUUCGUCUCUUCGAGAUCUGCUGUAAAGAGGGGCGAGGACAGGUCGUCCAUGACGUUCUCG